AUGAAUAUUGUGCAUGCAAUCCUUAAUUUACUUCCGGAGCUUAUUUUAAAGUAUUCUCAUCUGCAUGCUUCGGAACAGAUUGCAACGGCUUAUGCAGAGCUCAGAACUGCCAGUUCAAAUGCAAAGACUGGUGGAAUCCUUCCGAUCACGGCUAGAACCUUGGAAACCAUAACUCGUCUGUCAACGGCUCAUGCAAAGCUGAAGUUAAGAAAAAAGGUUACAGAAGUUGAUGUUAAAGCUGCUCUAGAAGUCCUAAAUUUUGCUAUUUAUCAUAAAGAAUUGACCGAGAUGGACAAUCGUGAACAAAAACGACAAAAAGAAGAAGCAAGAAAACACAGAGCUGAUCAUCAAGGCCCAACCACAAGUGAUAUGGAAGUAGAUGAUCCUCCAACAGCUGAGCAGCCUACUGCCACCGGCUCGCUUGAAAGAAUAGAAGCAUUUAAAGCUAAAUUUGGUCAGCAUAUGCGGACGAACCACAAGGAUACCAUAUCUAUAUCGGAAGUACAGGAUGUUGUCAACAGCGGAGCUGAUGACCAUUACUCAAGGGCGGAGAUCGUUACUAUAUUGGAGAAACUGCAAGACGAUAAUAUCUUGAUGAUAGCCGCCGAAACGGUGCAUAUGGUAGUGUGA